ACAACUCAUUGUCGUAUACCAAUGAAUGCGCGGGAAGAGUAAAGCAGUUGUGACGCGACAUCCCCGCGUGCCACGUGGCUUCAUUCCAACCGACACGGCUUCUUCAUCCUUCGCUCCUACGUCUUCUGAAACUUGUUCAUCAUAAAUACUUGGCUAAACCCCAAACCUUUUCAGUUCUCAUUGCUCUCCUUCACUCGAUUUUCCACUUAUUCCUCAUCUUUCAAAGCCAGGGAUGUCUGCUUCUAAAUCUUCCGACAACGCCAAAUCUCUCUACCCAGAAGUCAUUCUCACAAACCCAGAAGCUACUUCUGCUAAUUUGUUCAACCCCACUUCUUCUUCGUCUUUGUACCCUUCCAUUGACAUGAAAGACCUUGCUGAGAAUCUCUUCCCCGAAGACGAAGCCACCGCUUCGCAGAACCCAAUUCCCCAAUCUUCAGAAGAAGUACUGAUCAAGAUUCCAGGCGCCAUUGUUCACCUCAUCGAGAAGGAGAACAGCGUUGAGCUCGCUUGCGGCGAUUUCACCAUAGUCGGCCUCCGUCAAGGGGAGAACAUCGUCGCAGUCCUUGCUCGUAUUGGGGAAGAGGUUCAGUGGCCGCUGGCGAGAGAUGAAGCGGCUGUGAAGCUCGAUGACUCUCACUAUUUCUUCGCUCUUAGGGUUCCGGCAAACGAAGACGGCGACGGUUCUGAUCAUCACGAUCGUGAAGGAGGUCAGUUCGAUGAAUUGAAUUACGGGUUGACGAUUGCUUCUAAAGGUCAAGGUGAUUUGUUGAAGGAAUUGGAUAAGAUUUUGGAGACUUACAGUUGCUUUUCGGAGCAGAAAGUAGAAGAGGGGAAAGGGAGUUGUGGGGUUUUGGAUGGGUCUGUGGCGAGGGAAACGACGCCGUUUGAGUUGGAAUCGGAGGAGGAAAAGAAGGAUUUGAUUAGGGAGAGGUCGGCGGCUUAUUGGACCACUUUGGCUCCGAAUGUUGAGGAUUACAGUAGCCGGGUCGCCAAGCUGAUUGCGUCCGGGUCGGGUCAACUGAUCAGAGGGAUUUUGUGGUGUGGAGAUGUAACAGUGGAUCGAUUGAAGUGGGGGAAUGAGUUUUUGAAGAAGAGUCUGGGGCCUUGCUCCAACAAGGAGAUUAGUCCAGAAGCCAUGAGGAGGAUCAAAAGAGUUAAGAAGCUGACAAAGAUGUCAGAGAGAGUGGCAAGUGGAAUUCUUUCUGGGGUGGUCAAAGUAUCCGGCUUUUUCACAAGUUCUGUAGUCAACUCUAAAGUGGGCAAGAGAUUUUUCAGCUUACUGCCUGGUGAAAUUGUCCUUGCUUCAUUGGAUGGAUUUAGCAAGGUCUGUGAUGCAGUUGAAGUUGCUGGAAGGAAUGUCAUGUCGACCACCUCAGUAGUGACAACUGGACUUGUUUCCCAUAGGUAUGGAGAAGAAGCGGGGAAGGUGACAAAUGAAGGACUUGAUGCAGCUGGGCAUGCCAUAGGGACUGCUUGGGCUGUGUUUAAGAUAAGAAAGGCUCUUAAUCCUAAGAGUGCAGUUAAACCUUCAACUCUUGCUAAAGCUGCUGCUGAAGCAAAUUCGAAAGCUAAAUCCAAAAAGAAGUAAUCUUUCCCUUCUUUAUUUUUCAUUGGUGUGUUUUCCUCCGUACAAGGAUAGCAGAUGUAGGUUAGAGUGGAAACCUUUUUGUAUUAAUAGCAGAUAGUACUAGUCUACUACAAGACAUCAUGUACUGCAUUUUAUUCACAUGUAACAUCAUUUUUAUAUUUUUCAUUCUUGCGUUUGUUUGUAAAUUAAAGAUGAAUUAUGUAAUUUCUUUAAAAAAAAUAAUAAAACAGAACAUGUUAGAUUAAAAA